AGAAAAGGCUUUUAUUGGGAAAAAUAUGUAAAAGAAAAAUAAGCAUCGUGCUUCAUAAAAUCUGUCUAAAUUAAGUGAUGUUUACAAAACAGAAGUUACCAACCAGCAAAAUUUAUACAAACUCGGUUCAGUUUCCUUGUUUCACUAACAACCCCCUUUGCUUCUGCGGCAAAAUUUUCAAAUUAUUACCGCUCUCGAUCUUAAUGUUAUUUUUUCAAAGAGUAUUUUAUGUAAACAUUCAGUUUAUAAAUACGGAAUAAACAUAUAUAUGACCAUCCUGAUACUCCAGUGAACGCGCAAAUGAGAAACUAGCUGCCCGUGGAGAAAAAAAAACGAAAGCAAGAGAAAGGUGCAGGGGAUUCAUUGCAAAUGAAGCAAUCGCUACAUAUAUAUUUAAAUGUAUUUAAUUGUAUGUAUUAUUCAAAUGCCCUUCUGACUAGUUUAAUAAUUUAGAAUCGAUAGCUUUCCUAAAAACUUUAUAAAAUAUUUACACGUAAUAAAAUAUUAAUCGAUUAACAAGCCAGUCGUACUCUUAUAGGAGCUUUACUAAAGUCCUGUAAUCGCGCUGUCGCCACACGUCUCCGCUGUUAAGGAAAGGAUCACUGACAAAAUGUAAAUGAAGAUCUUCAGACGGUGGUGUUUAUAAAAUAGCUCAUUAAUGGGCUUGGAUUGAAUCUCUCCAUCCAUCCAUCCACAUCAUCAGAUAUAAUAAUAGUAACGAAUCAGACAGGGAAGAUCCUGGCUAAACCAUUGGCAUUUUUUUUUCCAGAAGUACUGAAGUCCUAAAUCACCAAUUCUUCUAACUUUCUGGCCAUUGAUCCGCGGGAAUUCGUAGUUCAGCAUCAAAGGUCCGUGCUCCUUCUACUGCGACCUGCCAGCGGGAGCCGCGUCUCCGAGCAUGGAGCGGAGGAGCGAGAGCCCCUGCCUGCGGGACAGCCCCGACAGAGGCAGCGGCAGCCCCGAUGUCAAAGGGCCCCCCCCCGGGAAGGUGGCCAGGCUGGAGCAGAACGGCAGCCCCAUGGGCACCCGCGGGAGGCCCAACGGCGCCGUCACCAAGCCCGUGGGAGGUUUGAUGAUUCCCGUCUUUUGUGUGGUGGAGCAGUCGGACGCCUCUCUUGAAUACGAUAAUCGAGAAGAGCAUGCCGAGUUCGUUCUGGUUCGCAAAGAUGUGCUCUUUAGCCAGCUGGUGGAGACAGCGCUCCUGGCUCUGGGGUAUUCCCACAGUUCUGCAGCUCAGGCACAAGGAAUAAUCAAGCUUGGGAGGUGGAAUCCCCUGCCUCUCAGUUAUGUGACUGAUGCACCAGAUGCGACAGUAGCCGACAUGCUACAAGAUGUCUAUCAUGUUGUGACAUUGAAAAUCCAAUUACAAAGUUGUUCAAAGUUGGAAGACUUGCCAGCAGAGCAGUGGAACCAUGCCACAGUUCGCAAUGCCUUAAAGGAACUGCUCAAAGAGAUGAAUCAGAGCACAUUAGCCAAAGAAUGCCCUCUCUCACAGAGUAUGAUUUCAUCCAUUGUAAAUAGUACAUACUAUGCCAAUGUGUCAGCAACCAAGUGCCAGGAAUUUGGAAGAUGGUACAAAAAGUACAAGAAGAUUAAAGUGGAAAGAGUGGAAAGAGAAAACCUUUCAGACUAUUGUGUUCUUGGUCAACGUCCCAUGCACUUACCAAAUAUCAACCAGCUGGCAACUUUGGGAAAAACUAACGAACAAUCUCCUCAUGGCCAAAUUCACCACAGUACUCCAAUACGAAACCAAGUGCCAACGAUGCAAACAAUGAUAAAUCCUGGGCUCCUGUCUCCUCAGCUCAGUCCACAACUGGUGAGGCAGCAGAUAGCAAUGGCCCAUCUGAUAAACCAACAGAUUGCUGUCAGCCGGCUGUUGGCUCACCAGCACCCACAGGCUAUCAACCAGCAGUUCUUGAAUCAUCCGCCCAUCCCUAGAGCUGUCAAACCAGAGCCAUCAAAUUCAUCGGUGGAAGUCUCUCCAGAUAUUUACCAGCAAGUCAGAGAUGAGCUGAAGAGAGCCAGUGUGUCUCAAGCUGUCUUUGCAAGAGUAGCAUUCAACCGCACACAGGGCUUGUUGUCAGAGAUCCUGCGUAAAGAAGAAGACCCUAGGACAGCUUCCCAGUCCCUUCUGGUAAACUUGAGGGCAAUGCAGAAUUUCCUCAACUUGCCUGACUCGGAGCGGGAUCGUAUCUAUCAGGAUGAGAGAGAGAGAAGUAUGAACCCAAAUGUGAGCAUGGUGUCUUCAGCUGCCAGCAGCCCAAGCUCCUCCAGAACCCCCCAGGCCAAAACCUCGACACCAACAACAGACCUCCCCAUUAAGGCGGACAGUGCCAACGUCAACAUCACAGCUGCCAUUUAUGACGAGAUCCAACAGGAGAUGAAAAGGGCCAAGGUAUCUCAAGCUCUGUUUGCCAAAGUGGCUGCCAAUAAAAGUCAGGGCUGGCUGUGCGAGCUGCUUCGCUGGAAAGAAAACCCAAGUCCGGAAAACCGCACCCUUUGGGAGAACCUCUGCACCAUUCGUCGCUUCCUGAACCUCCCCCAACACGAGAGGGAUGUGAUCUAUGAGGAAGAAUCCAGACAUCACCACAGCGAGCGUAUGCAGCAUGUUGUCCAGCUCACUCCUGAGCCCGUGCAGGUGCUGCACAGACAGCAGUCCCAGCCUGCAAAGGAGAAUUCCCCACCUAGAGAAGAGGCUCCUCCUCCACCUGCCGAGGACAGUUGUGCCAAAAAGCCAAGAUCCCGCACCAAGAUCUCCUUGGAAGCUCUAGGUAUCCUUCAAAGCUUUAUUCAUGACGUGGGUCUCUACCCUGAUCAGGAAGCCAUCCACACCCUCUCUGCUCAGCUGGAUCUCCCCAAACACACCAUCAUCAAAUUCUUCCAGAACCAACGUUACCACGUAAAGCACCACGGGAAGCUAAAAGAGCAUUUGGGAACAGUGGUUGACGUGGCAGAGUACAAGGAUGAGGAGCUGCUGACAGAGUCAGAGGAGAACGACAGUGAGGAAGGCUCUGAGGAAAUGUACAAAGUAGAGCCUGAGGAGGAGAACCCCGACAAAAGCAAGGCGGCUCCAGCAGACAUCGACCAGAGAUAAUGUGAGAUAGGGGCGCAGAAAGCAAUACAUUGAUCCAAGGAUUUUCUGGUUUUAUUUUUGAUUUUUUUUUUCUCUUUUUACCUUUUGUUUGUUUGUUUCCGUUGCGCAUGAUCCAUGUGCAAACCGAAUGAAUUCAGCAUUGCCCGAUCAGACAUUGCCUUGACACAGACACUCGAGUGUUACACUUCCUACAUUUGACUGAAGCAAUUGUUGUAGUCACAUAGGAUUAUGCCUUCAUCAAUCUUGCACUUAUGAAAGGGACAUCUAGCAAGUAAAUGGGAAGAAAAAGUCCUAUGAAAUUAAUGAAGGAAAAUUUACAACUUUGUGUGUGUAUAUAUAUAUUUACAUAAAAUAUAUAUAUAUUAAAAUUGCAUGGGACGGAACUUUACAACCUAAAAGUAUAGACUGUGAAAUGAGUUCUUUAAAGAUGAGACUUGUUUAUGUAUUAAAACCACUUCACAAUGAGUUGCUUUGGCUUUUUGAUAAACUGCCGCCUGCUCUCAGGGUGUGGUGACUAUUUUUGAAUUCCUAUUUAUUUUCUAUGUUUAUCCCUGAUUUUUUUUUUCAUUAUUAUAUGGCUUCCUAUCUGGCAACUUGAUGGGUAAUUUUUGAGGUAUUUAAAGACAUAAAUCAACACUGCCAAAAAAAGAAAAGAGGAAAAAAAAGAGAGAAAAUGGAAAAACAAAUCAGGGCACCUUAAAGAGAAAACUAGUAAGUUAAAAGUACUUUGAACACAAUGCACACUUAAAAGGAUACAGCAUGUUCCACUCUCCAGAUAGUCCUUUCUGUAGUGAACAGAUGAGUUUUCAUGGGAUUCAGAAUAGCUGAAACUGAAAUUCAGUGCAUAGAAGACUUGUCCAUUAACGAAGUCUUUAUAGAAAGAGAAAAGAGAUAAAUGUGUUGAGAUUUCAUGUAUGGAAUUCAUACUAUCAACCACAUUUUACAGCGGAUUUUAUUUACCUGUUCUCUGUUUCAGAUCUUGAAAUUUAUAAGCUUCCUUCUUGUCAAUGCUUUUUGUUUAUACUGAAGUGAAAAACACACACGUUAAGUUACAUUGCGACACAAAAUGCCACAAUCCCGAGAAUCCUGUCCAGGUAAAUUGCAGACAGACCGAGGGUUUACAGUGCUGACACCCUGUUGCUGACACCCCAUUCGCCCUCCUCGCCAGCCUCCCCCGUGUUUCUGUUUUAGCUGGGCUUCCUCUGUGUCGCGUGUUUUGUGCCAGUGAAAUGAAGUGUUUUCAGCCGCAGGUCCCACCUCCCCACGGCACGGGCACUUCCCAGCCUCCCGAGGCACGGGCACUUCCCAGCCUCCCGCCAGGCCCUGCACACCCCCCCGCCCACCUCCCGGGCGAAGGGUCCCGCAGUGCCCCGGUAGCAGCCACGUUACAUAAAGCAGAGCUAACACUGACUGACUCUCCAGUGGCGUGAGCACUAAAGCUGCAAUCUACUAUAGCAUCCACCCGCUCUGAGGCAUCAUGUCGAAAGAGACACCAAGUAGCAUUUACUUUUCACUUCUGUGCAAUGAUUUCCGAGACGGAGACCUCACCUUGCAGCUGGAUUGAUUUCAGACGCCUGUUCAAACUGCAGCCGUAACACUACAAACGAGGCUUCUGGCUUUUUUCUUCCUUUUUUUUUUUUUCACAUGGGCUUUUCACGUAACCUUGACAAAGACCUCAUGCAAUAUACCUUUGAAAGUUACUUUCUGUUUACUACACCAGGCAAUGUAAUAUAACUGUUAAUACUAUUUAUAUAUUUGAAAGGUAUAAAAGGUAGGAGUUAAAAACGAAAAACAAACCUCUACGUGUAGAUAUUUACUCAGAACAGACAAUAUACAGGGAGAAGACGUUGCAAUACAAGCUAAUUCUAGCUGCUCAGUAACCUCUGGAGUUUUUAUGAGAUUUUUUCAGAGCUAAUGUUUGAAACAUGAGUAUCUCUGCAUAAAUUUCAUAUACCUUUGCAAAUUAUGGUGGGUUGCUUACUUAAUGCCCCUUUUGCUCUUCAUCCUUUAGUUCUGUAGUAUGCUGCAGCUUUAAUCAGAAUUUCAGUGGUUGCUGCUUUAUGUUUCUCUCAGAGCUACGCUUUCAAAACUGUCUUCUUAACCUGUAGCUGAAAUCACUCCAUACAUUUGAAAGGAAACUGAAUUUUGCCAAGCUAAGUAAGGUUGUUCAUCUGAUGAUGGCAUCAACAUUUGGUAUCUUUUACACUUCAACCAAAAAUUUUAUUAGGUAUUUUUUCAAUGCUGAGUCUUGCCUUUUUAUUUUUAAUUUCACUGCCAAUUUUGCAGUGGUUCUAAGUGAAUCUGUGGGCAUUUUAGCCUGUGGUCUUGCCAGAACUUUGCGAAUUACAAUGCAUAUAUGUCUAUUUAUUCAAUAUCCAUCAUAUAAUAUCUAUUUGGAGAAAGAAAAUUUUCUUGUAGUGCCUCUUAACAAAGCACAAUUUUCCGCCUUUUUUGUGAAAUAAAAAAUAAAAAAAACAAAUUGUGUUUUAUUGCGGUAUCAACAAUGUGAAUAAGGAUUAACAUAUUGUAAAUGUUCUUUUUUCCAUGUAAAUCAACUUUAUCUUCGUUAUCACUAAGUGAUAAUUAAUUUUUAACUUAUGUGCAUUGUUAGGCUGUUAGAAUUUUUUGGUUGUUGAAAUAAAACGCAUUCAAUAAAUAUGACUUAAUUUGUCAAGUAA